ACCGGAAGUGUGGCGCGGGAAUUUGAUUCCCCCAGCGGCAGACGAGGAAAGCAUGGCUGCGGUGCCUCCGGACACUUGGCAGCCGCCGACUGUUUCAAUGGAAACCACCAUGGGGCUCAUGAUUUUGGAGCUAUACUGGAAGCAUGCACCCAAAACUUGCAAAAAUUUUGCUGAGCUCUCCAGACGGGGAUAUUACAAUGGCACAAAGUUUCAUAGGAUAAUCAAAGAUUUCAUGAUCCAGGGAGGUGAUCCAACAGGAACUGGAAGAGGAGGAGCAUCUAUCUAUGGCAAACAAUUUGAAGAUGAACUCCACCCAGAACUGAAGUUUACAGGUGCAGGAAUCCUUGCUAUGGCAAAUGCAGGUCCAGAUACAAAUGGAAGCCAGUUCUUUAUUACACUAGCACCAACCCAGUGGCUUGAUGGCAAGCACACUAUCUUUGGUCGUGUUUGCCAGGGAAUUGGGAUAGUCAACAGAGUGGGAAUGGUGGAAACAAAUGCUCAAGAUCGUCCAGUAGAUGAUGUAAAGCUUUUGAAAGUUUUUCCAUCUGGCUAGGCUGAAAUCAUAAAAUUGUUACAUGUAGACUCUUCUCUCCCCCCCCCCCCCCCCCCCCCCCAAAAAAACCCCUGCUGUGUGUCAAGAGAUACCUGCCAGCUUCUUGCAAAGUAAUCUCUACUAAAAUUACCUUCCGGAUUCAUCGUUAACCUUUUUAUUAAAGCUAAAUAAUCAGCAGGUUCCUGAACUAUUUGUGAUGGAUAAAUGCCAUCAAGGUGUGAUAACUGUUAUUGAUAGCAUAAUUUUGUCUUCCAUUUAUGCUUCAUUUGGAAUGUAGCAAAUCAUAUGCAUAAAUAAACAAAAUUUGAAAUAAUCAGGCAACAUGUAGUAUUUUGCAAGUCCUCAUAAAUACCUGUUGACCUAGUGCAGUGUUCACAUGACUCUGGAAAUAAGAUUAGAAUGUUCCAAGUAGAACUAGGAAGUUGAUUUGUUAUCAUUUGUUUAUUAUGUAAUUAUAUAAAAUAUCAUUAAUAAAAUAUAAAAUUUAGGGCCAAAUCAUUCAUACUGACAGUAAUUUCACUCUUGGUCUCAUUUUUAUUCCUCAAAGUCAAGGACACGAAAACUUAUGAUACAUUGUUUGAGUAAAGUGUGUUUGGGUAAAUAAAUACCUUCUUGUUUUUACCAUGAUUAAUAGUUCAGUGCUGCAAAUAAAUACUUACGUAUUUGUACAUAUUUAUUCUGUGUUUAUCUCCAUAAUAUUGCUCAUCUGUAUUUCUUUCAAUUCAUACCUAUAGAUUUUCAUAGUCUUAACACCUAAAAAAAUACAUAUUAGUACCUCAGUACAAAUUUGUACUUUGGUACAAAACAAAUAAUAAUAGGGAUAUGAAAAAUGCAGAGAAAACAGUGCCUAUUUUUGACAGCGAUUGGUUUAACACACCCUAAAACUCAGUUUAUUGGUGACUUGGCAAGUUACACAUUUGUUUAUUACUUUUUAAGUCCAGCUAAGUAUAGUUUAUUCAUUCAAUCUCUAAUGGCACUUUUUGGUGUAUGAAGUUAGCCAGUCACUUGUAAUGCAUUGGUUUGCAUGAACAUUUGAUCUUUAUAUAGACUUGUCUCUGCUUUCAUACAUUUAUGACAGCAAAGACUUUUUUAGUCUCCAAGAUUUCAUUGGAUAGAUGGAAUAUUAUGCUAAUGGCAGACACGCAUAUACAAAUUCAACUCUAAAUUGAAUGGUCAUGAAUUAAGAAAAUGUAAGUAAAGUUAAAAUUCAGGAUGUAUACCUUGAUGAUAAUGGUUGUUCAAAAAGUAAGUGUUCGCAUGAAAUGAACAUUUUUGGACUGGAAACACAUCUGGAAAACAAACCCUUUGCUCUUUUCCUGUUUCGUAUUGUACAUAUGUUGACGCUGCACCAUCUUAGUUAGACUAAAGGGGGCAGUCCUAUUCCACAAGUUUUCUAAGAUGACUGUAGUGAAAUAAUUGAAGAAGUUACUAAUAGCCAUAAGGUGGAGAUAGAGCCACCUUACAGAAAUAUGGCACGGAAAGACAAAAUUUCAAGUAAUGGAAUCAUUCUUGAAUUAUUCAAGAUUGAAACAGUUAAAUGGUGAAAUGAGGCUUGGUAUUUUUAAAAGCAUAUGCAAGAUUUCCAUGUUAUACUCUUUAUU